AUGUCACUCUCAGCCGGCGCACGUCCAAAGCGCGCUCCCAAACCAGCGUACGAUCCGGAUUUCCUCUACGAUCUUCCCUCACACUCGUUGUUUUCAGAGGCUCUAGAAGUAGAGGACGAUGCCGACAACAUACCGAAAACAAAGCAGCGAAAGCAGAAGUCCUUCAAAUCCAAAUCACCCACGGUUCCUGACCCUUCGCCGCCGGCAACCUCUUCAGUGGAUUCAGGAAACACGCUCACUUUUGAGCAACAAAUUCAACUUGUCCAGCUCCAGAAAGACAAGCUCGAACUGGAGUUGCAAGUUCUUACUCUGAGCUCUCGGGAACGCCCCCAAGAAAACACGCGCGGCGGUUUCGCCGACGAUGUUACAGAGCCAACCUCCCAACGACGCACUAAAAGACCCAUCGACUGGCCUCACGACUUCGUGCCCAGUGUUCAAGACCUCCCUCCGGGAUCAGGUCAGCAUUCCCGGUCAGAUGUUUCUAUCGUCACAUUGCAGUCUUUCGUCUCACGUCUCAUCUCCUGUGCACACGCAACAUCGACACAGAAGAAUAUAGCUGCUCAUAUUCGUAGUUAUCGGACUUUUUGUGACCUGAGGGCUCUUCAGUCCUUUCCUAUUAGUGUUAAAUCGAUUAGCUUGUAUGUAGCAUAUUUAGUCGCGCAGAAACGGGCUUACGGUACCGUGCUUAACCAUAUUAGUAGUCUUAAACACGCUCAUCAACUUGCCGGGUCUGAACUCACUUGGAGUUCCGAUUACCGCUUUCAGCUUUUAUUACGAGGCGCCAAGCGUUUUCUGGGUGCGGCCGUUUCUCGUAAAUCGGCCAUGACACCUUCAAUUUUGCAUGCCGCGUUUGAUCUUUUCAAUUUUUCUUUACCGCUACAUGCGGCUAUGUGGGCUCUGUUUUUAGUUGCUUUCUUCACCUUUUUGCGUAAUCCAAUCUAGUACUCGAUAAUCCGAGGCAAAUCUCCCCCAAGGUUAUCACGCGGGCAGAUUUGGUUUUCACGUCUUCGGGCGCAAAUAUCCAUGUUUCAGCCACGAAGACCAUUCAGUGUCAGCAACGCUCUCUUAUUUUGCCAAUUCCCGUGAUUCCUGGCUCUCGCCUUUGUCCGAUUUCGGCCUUGCGACGCCAUUUCGCGCUCAACCCGGGCCCCGUGUCUGCCCCCCUUUUUUCAGUUUUCUCCGGGUCGGGUUUAGUACCAAUUACUUACAAGCAAUUUUGCGCUUUUCUUUCGCGGGUUAUGUCUACGCUCAAUUUAGAUCCGUCCCUUUACUCUCCUCAUAGUUUUCGAAGGGGUGGGGCGACUUUCGCAUUUGAUUGCCAUAUUCCAUCCGAAAUAAUCAAACUGCAGGGAGACUGGAAGAGCGACGCUUAUCUUGUUUAUUUAGAAUUAUCUCAGACACAAAAACAGCAGGCA